AAAAAAAAAAAAAAGAGCAGAUGAAAAAAAUCAUUCAAGUGAACAAGAACGAACUAGUAAGUACUGGCUACUGGAGACCAAAUUUUAUUCAUCUUUCCUACUCAGAAACCUAAAGAAAACAAAAACCAUGACUGGAAACAUUGCAAAGAAGGGUUUGCAACGGUAUAUGUCCCAACUUCAGCGCCAUCCAUUAAGAACCAAGGCUUUUACUGCUGGGAUUUUAUCAGCAAUAAGUGACAUAGUCUCUCAGAAACUUUCUGGCAUCCAAAAGCUUCAAAUUCGACGUAUUUUGCUCAAAGUGCUUUUUGGAUUUGCUUAUCUUGGACCAUUCGGCCAUUUCUUUCACAUGUUACUUGAUAAGGUUUUCAAGGGGAAGAGGGAUCCAAAGACAGUGGCGAAGAAGGUUGUUUUGGAACAAUUGACUGUUUCUCCAUUGAACAACAUGCUUUUUAUGAUAUAUUAUGGAUGGAUCGUGGAGGGAAGACCCUUUACCCAGGUCCGAAGUAGAAUUCGGAAAGAUUAUCCAUCUGUUCAGCUGACAGCAUGGACGUUUUGGCCAGUUUUUGGUUGGAUAAAUCACCAGUACGUGCCAUUGCAUUUACGUGUGAUCUUCCAGAGCAUGGUCGCUUUUUGCUGGGGAAUAUUUCUGAACUUAAGAGCAAGGUCCAUGCUUCUUACCAAAGCUUGAGGAAACUAAAGCACGGAAUGUAACUAGCUCCUCAUUGGCCACCAGGAAGUAGCUCUCCCUGAUUGGUCGACAUGAGCGAAAUUAAUGCCUAUCCUAUUGGUAUGUUUUACAUCAAAAAGCGCAGAUGGUUGGAUUUGUUGGAGUUGAAUUGCUAUAGUGGAUAUUCUGAAAUGUACAUUGUAAACCUGCAUAUAAGUUCUUGCAAGGCCUAUUAUCUUCUUAGGCGGUAGCUACAUUGAAUCUAGUGAUGUUUCUGUCAUUUUAAUCCAACAAAAGCUAGUGUCUUAUGGGAAUAAAAGAUUUAUACAGAAAUUAAGGUGGUUCCUUGUACUA